CUUGACACAAGUGGGACAACUGUAGCUGUCAUGGCGACCACACUUAUGCACCGACCGCCAUCACAGCUUCCACAAUUCUGAUCUCCAGCCGCACCCGUGCAGAGUAUAAACCCAAGUGUCAAUCAUCCGCAUAACGAACGCGGUUUCAGAUAACGUGCCCCACCUUUCUCAGCACGUCGAUUCCACUGACCCCUCGGGAUGUCAGGCUCUUCAGCAGCUCCUCAAGCUGUCUCAUCCGACACUGGAGUGCCUGGCAAGCCCACCGUCAAUGCUGGAGGAGUAGAUGAUGAUGUGCCUCAACCCAUUCCAAACCUGGAGUUGCAGCAACUUCACUUCGUCUUGACGUCUCCGCGGACGCCCGGUGCUAAGGGCAGGGAGGUCUCGGAGGCGCUGCUAAAAGGGAUCGAGACGGAUGAAAUGGCACCGUACCUCUCCGCCUUGCUGGCCGCUGGCGUCAUCCUACCAAGUGGAGCCAAGGACUUGCACGCUCAGCUGCACGCCAAGAAUGAAGAGUCUCUCAAGGCUAUCGACGAUGCGCUGGUCAGACUUGAGGAGAGCGAGGGAGACAUGGAGGUCAAUGCAGUGAGAAGACAAAGAGCAGCGUACCUUGCUCGCAUCGGAGACAAGACGAGAGCCCUCGAAGCUCAUAAGCUUGCAAUUGAGAAGGCUGCUGGCCUUGGCUCAAAGCUGGAUUUGGUCUUGACGCAAAUAAGAAUCGGCCUCUUCCAUGGCGAUGCGUCAAUAACCAUCGAGUCCAUUGCAAAGGCUAAAGAGCUCGUCGAAGAAGGCGGGGACUGGGACAGAAGGAAUAGACUCAAGGUAUAUGAAGGUCUGCACUUGCUUUCCACCCGUCAAUUCAAACAGGGCGGGGAGCUGUUCUUGGACGCUCUUUCAACGUUCACUGCGACGGAGUUGCUGAGCUACAAGGACUUUGUGACUCUGACCGUCAUCGCCAAUGUCCUCACCUUGGGCAGGAGAGAUAUCAAGAAGAAGAUCAUUGACUCCCCCGAAGUGCUGCAAGUCAUCGACGAGAUUGAGCAUUUGCGAUCCUUCUCGUCUAGCCUGUACAAUUGCGACUAUGCAGCUUUCUUCAAGGCAUUGGCCGAGGUCGAGCAGACGCACCUGCUGCCAUCGAGAGUCCUCUCGCCCCAUGCACGCUACUAUGUUCGCGAAAUGCGCCUGGUGGCAUACUCGAGCGUGCUUCAAAGUUACAGCACGAUCACUCUUCCCAACAUGGCCGCCGCCUUCGGCGUGACGCCCGAAUUCUUGGACGCAGAUUUGGCGCGAUUCAUUGCUUCGGGCAGACUUCCAGCGGUCAUCGAUCGAGUGGCUGGUGUGGUGGAGAGCAAGAAAGCGGGAGGCACGUCGAUGCUCUAUUCUAGGGUGAUCAAGGAGGGCGAUCUGGUUCUCUCUGCGACUCAACGAUUGAGCAGAGACUUGGGUCUGGCAUGAUCAAGACAGGACGAUCAACUGCAAUUCGAUGUCGAUCGAUGUUCAGAAUUGACAUGAUGCUCAGGUGCGCGCCGCGUGGAUCGCUUGUGAAU